AUGGGUAAUAGCGGCAGUUCCAUCACCGAUCUCAGUUUAUUUUCCAAAGGUAGCGUCUUUACGAGAGAUCAACUUGACGAAUAUCAGGAUUGUACUUUCUUCACACGUAAAGAUAUUUUACGCCUUUACAAGCGCUUUUAUGCGCUGAACCCUGUUAAAGUACCUACCAAUAUGCAAGGAAACCGACCGUCCAUUAUCACAUUGUGUUUCGAGGAGAUUGAAAAAAUGCCAGAAUUACGAGAAAAUCCAUUUCGACGACGCAUUUGUCAAGUAUUUUCCGACAAUGGUGAUGGUAAUCUGACAUUUGAUGACUUCCUGGACAUGUUUUCGGUUUUCAGUGAAAUGGCACCUUUACAACUAAAACUAAAAUAUGCAUUUAGAAUAUAUGAUUUUGAUGGUGAUGAUCAACUUGGUCACGAUGACUUGAGCAAAAUAAUUCGUUGUUUGACACGAGAUGAAUUAUCUGACGAAGAAGUUGAAUUUAUCAUCGAGAGAGUAAUCGAAGAAGCCGACCUUGACGGUGACGAACAGAUAUCAUAUGCCGAAUUUGAACAUGUUGUCUCACGUUCACCAGACUUUAUUCGUACCUUCCACAUACGAAUUUAA